GUAUCGCGGUGCUUCAUGGUGAGGGUCGCCAGUUCGCCACGAUACAUCAAGCAGCCGCGCUCCUCUCCUCCUCCUCCGGUCAUGGCCGCUCCGGACGCCCCCGGCGAGCCCCUGGUGAUCCGCCUGGGCCUCAUCAACGCCGAGAACAAGUACCUGACAGCCGAGGCGUUCGGCUUCAGCAUCAACGCGUCCGCCGCCUCCAUGAAGAAGAAGCAGGUGUGGACGCUGGAGCACGCGGGCGACGCGGACUGCAGCUGCGUGCUGCUGCGCAGCCACCUGGGCCGCUACCUGGCGUGCAACGCGGACGGCGUGGUGACCGCGGAGCGCGAGCGGCCCGAAGCGGACUGCCGCUUCGCGGUGCUCGCGCAUGACGACGGCCGCUGGUCGCUGCGCUCCGAUGUCCACACGCGAUUCUACCUGGGCGGCGCCGAGGACCGCGUGGCGGGCGUGGCGGACCCUGCGGCCAAGUGGAGCGUGCACCUGGCCGUGCACCCGCAGGUCAGCGUGUACAGCACCUCGCGCAAGCGCUACGCGGGCGUGCGCGCGGGCCAGCUGGCCACGGACCGCGACGCGCCGUGGGGCGUGGACGCGCUGCUCACGCUCGUCUACGCCGAGCGCCGCUACCACCUGCAGACGCACGACGGCCGCUUCCUGAGCGCGAGCGGGAAGCUGCUGGACGGACCGCCCGCCGCAGCCAGCACCGGGUUCACGCUGGAGUUCCGCGCGGGCGCCGUGGCCUUUAGAGACGCCGCCGGGGCGUACCUCGCGCCCUCCGGGCCCGCGGGAGCGCUCAAGGCGGGCAAGAGCGCGCGCGCCGGCAAGGACGAGCUAUUCGUGAUGGAGCGGAGCCGCGCGCAGGUCGCGCUCACCGCCAGCAACGGCAGGAACGUGUCCACGCGCCAAGGGGUGGAUCUGUCAGCCAAUCAGGAUGAAGAGUCGGAUCAGGAGGUGUUCCAGAUGGAGAUGGAUCGGGAGACAAAGCGCUGUGCGCUUAGGUGCUACAGCGGCAAGUACUGGAGCCUUGCGCCCAAUGGAGCCAUCCAGUGCACUGCGUCUGCCAAAUCAGCCAGCUGCUUCUUUGACCUGGAGUGGAAAGACUCGAAGGUCAGUCUCAAGGCCAGUAACGGCAAAUACCUGACAGCCAAGAAGAACGGUCAGCUGACAGCAUCGGUGGACUCUGCAGGUGAUCAGGAGCAGUUUGUUCUGAAGCUCAUCAACAGGCCUUUGAUCGUGCUGCUUGGGGAGCAUGGCUUCAUCGGCUGCCGUAAGCAAGGCACCGGAACUCUGGACUGCAACCGCUCGUCCUACGACGUCUUCCAGUUAGAGUAUAACAACAAUGCCUACAGCCUGCGGGACUCGACGGGGAAGUACUGGACAGUGGAGGCGGACGGAACAGUCGUGAGCAGCAGUGGCACUCCAGUCUAUUUCCACUUUGAGUUCUGCGAUUACAACAAAGUGGCCAUUAAGACCCAGGAGGGCUUUUAUCUGAAGGGAGACCAUGCUGGGGUGCUCAAGGCCAAUGCACAGGGCAUCGAAAAAGCCUCUCUGUGGGAGUAUUGAUAGACACGCACAAAGAAUCUCAACAUAAACAUCUCUACACUCAUCCAUUACUAUAAAAUACCGCUUACACACCUUUCAGUAUCUCAUUACGUGAACCAUUUUAGAACGUAAGCCAUUGAAACUACAACGGCAGACACAGUACAAGCACACAAUGGCAGUUUUUAAUGUGAAUACAAAGCACAAGCAGUUUAGAGACACAAGAUAGAUUCUCAGAAAAAGCACAUAACAUGAUUAUACUGCAUAUAUAACAUGCUCUAUAGAUAUUUAUAUAUGGACAACUGGAAGUGCUUAUAAGGCAAGGAUAGACGCAUCCAUGCUCCGCCCACAAAUGAGCGCUCACGUAGCUACAGUCGCUAGGUUGGACAAGCUUUACAGGAUGUAAAUGUGGCUUUUUCGAUUUUCAUUAAGAUCUAAAGAUUUCGCCUCUAUUUAUCUCUAUUCAUUGUUCUCAGCAAACAAACUUUAUUGCUUAACUCGCUUGUGAAAAUAUUGUCUGUAAAUCUCUUGGUAACUGAGUAGCUUCGGCCAUGGCACAGUAUCUAGUCCUACAGGUUACAAUGUUAACCUAGCUUGCUAGCAUGUUUAACAGCUAAAGCCUGUCAACUUUCUGCUUAAUAUAUCAAUCACACGUUUAUCUUUAAAGCUGCACUAUGUAAGAUUUGGAGAUUUGGAGACAUCUCUGGUGGAAAUGUGUAACUGCAUGCAACAUGUAGCUUAAGACCCCAUCUCUGAGAGGAUGAAUCUGACAUUUGCACAUGCAUUAAAAGAGAAUUCAGUCGAAACUUGGUGAAGGAUGCGUCUUCCGAGGAUGUGAGUGAAUUGUCCAUUAUUGUCAUCAUAUCUUUAUUAGUAUAAUGUUGAGUUUAAACUUGAGUCCUUAGUUGUUACUAGUUAAGACAUGGCUCAAUGAUUUGUGGUGCAACAAAAUGUAAUAAAAUGAUAGUUUAAAACGAGCUAGUGUUACCUAAAGAUUACUAAAGAUUUUCCGCACAAACUGGUCCAAUCCAGUCCAGGUCCUCAACGGAUCAAUCCACGUAUGUUUCACAUUGAAAUCAAGUUAAAUACACCAGUAAUUAAAUGUGAAUUUUCAUGGUCAUUUUAAAAUGACAUCCAUGCAGUCUUUUAGAAAUGAGGCCUGGAUCUUUCAGAACAGUGUGAACUUGCACACGUAUAGAAAAUAAAAAUAAUUAUAGGUGUUUAACGGAAUCUCUGGAGCCCGAAUUUCUCAUUGAGGCCACCCAAGUGCACCCACCAGGCAAACAUGAACAAACACAGAUUGUUUUGUUGUGCUAUAACAUUAUACGCCAUUGUCCGGUUGGUGUGCUGCCUUUAUCUUGAAUGAAAUGAAUGGAAUUUUUGCUCGUCCAAACUUAGUAACAGUAGCUAUGAAAGAGCGCUCAUGUUCAUCUAACAUCAGUUGUCCAUUAGCCACCACCUAGAUUUGCCAAACCAGUGAACGGACUGAGUUUACAUUGCUUAGAUCUCACUGCCGUCAGUUAUUUUCAAGACCACAUGUGGUGACCUCUACAGACCCAAAGCUGGGCUCUCAUUCAUCUGGAGAAACCUGGAGAAAUGCUUCAAAGAAUACUUGAUAAUCCCAUUUGCUGCUCACUUCCAUGCAGGCUGUCUGUCUGCGGCGAGAUUACAGCUGCCUCAGAUUAAAAGUAGUGUAAUUCUUGUAGAUUAACAUAAGCCCUCUGAGCUACCCUACCAAAGGGUUCUGAGCCAUUUGACCUAUAUGUAUACUGUGCGUACAGUAUCUAUGAUGUACUUUACGGAAUACGCUGUACGCCUGGUGCUAACAGCAUGAUACGCUUGCUGUUCUUAAACAUAAACGCUAGUUAAUGACCUGAUGUGAUCGGCUGCCUUAUCAGUAAUCAUGACAUCAUAACGGCAUUAUGACGUGCUGCGCUAUCGCUCUAUAACCGACAUAAGCUAGUCUGUAAGUAUUAAACAAGUGUUAAAGGAGCCAUUUGUGUUCCAUUGUGAGGAACAAGCAAUAUUUAUAUGCAACAUUCAAAAGCUUUGCGAAUACUGAUGGGUUCAUUACAACAUCCUAACUGGAAAGUCAGCAGUGUGCUAACGCUAUAAAGACUGGCGGUGAACUCCUUCUCGUCCGCCCUUCCGAGAUAAGGACUGUGUCCUGAACCAAAAACAUAUUUAGUUGUGAACGGCUGCUCAUCUGCUAAUGAGGUCAUGUUUUAAAUAGCAGCGCAGCAGCAGCUCGGAAAGUUCUGGGAGAACAUGGCAGUUCACCUGAGAGAGCUCCUCCAGCCGAACGAUACGCCCACACACAUACAAAUGCACGCAAAUCAUGCACUUCAUUUGUUUAUCAGACAUUUGUGCCGUCUGCGAGCUUCGGUUGCUGCCCCUACUAAACCAACAUGUAUCGCAAUGAAGGAACCAGAGUGUACUCUAGUGUUUGCUUAAUGGCCGUAUUUUCAUCUGCACAGUUGUGUCUAAAGCUUUACCCCUUCCUGAAUGUAUACGAGGAAAGGAAGUGACUGGAAAGUGUUUGUGCCUUUUUCCAAGUAGCACAAAAAAAAAUGCUGUUUCUCAAAAGGCCUCUUGGUGUUUUUCUCUCUCCAUGUACCAUGUGUGAAGUCAAAGACCAAUAAAGUUAAAGAGUCAAACUCUUCCAAACA